AAAAUUUCUUUCAUUCUAGCACUGUACUGCUGGACAACCAGCCUGAGGUGACUUCGUCGAGAUUAUUCGUAGAUCUACCCGGCAUUGGAUGAAGCAAUACUAGUUACUAAGUCGAUCGAUUGUUGGCAACGACGAAGAUCGCUAGCAGUAUUCUGGUCGAGGUCAUCGCAGCAGCGUUCUACUCGCGCUGAACUACACCAUUGCGUUUGAAAGCAGGCAUUGAACUUUGAACCCGGCGAGACGAAAAUGAUUGGAAAAAUCUCAUCCUGGCUUCUGUACUGUUUCGUGGUAGAUCUACUGGUCAGCUCUCCAUCACCGCACUUACUCAUGGCUGAAGCACGGGUGGCGAGCAGCAGCAGCAGCAUCCCGAAAACGUUCGUCUGGGACGGUGCAGCGCUGGCAGCAGCUAGAGAGCGGGUGAUGGUCCAUUCGGACCCGGAGCUCAUGCCAGCGGUCAAAAAGAUCACAGCGGCGGCCGCUGAGCUGUUUGGUCAGGGAGAAAAUUGGACAGUCAUGGCUAAGGCAAUGACACCACCCAGCGGUACUAAACAUGACUAUGAGAGCAUCGGACCAUACUGGUGGCCUUGCAAUCAGAAUGUAUCCGCUAUCAGCACUAUCAACAAGAGUCUCACCGCCGUACCACUGACCGGUGAUGUGCAUGUAUCUGCAGCAUGCAACAAGACAUCUGGACUGCCAUGGGUACGGCAUGAUGGAGUCCACAAUCCAGUCACAGACCAUUUUGACAGCGCACCCAACGGACAUAUGCAGAAUGCAGUCAAGACUUUUUCCAUUGCCUAUUUCUUCACUGGCAACGAGAGCUUCGCCGAGGAGGCAGUCAAGACGCUCAAGCGCUGGUUCCUGGACGCCGACACCAAGAUGAAUCCAAACCUGAACUUUGGCCAGAUGAUCCCUGGCGUGUGCGACGGAAGAGGAAUCGGUAUCAUCGAUACAGCGUCCUGGUAUGCAUUAGUGGACAGCAUUCAGCUGCUGGACGGCUCUGCUGCACUGGACGCCAGCACACGGUCGGCCAUGACUGAGUGGUUCAAGGAGUACGCAACAUGGCUGCACACCAGCAGGAACGGCAAAGACGAGAGCAACGCCAAGAACAACCAUGGCACCUGGUAUGAUGCUCAGAUCCAGUCGUUUGCCCUAAUGUCAGGCCUCACGGACAUCGCGCAUGAAGUUGCCAAAAUGGUUCCUGACAAGAGAAUCAAGGUGGAAAUCAAACCUGAUGGACAGAUGCCAAUGGAGGAAGCACGUACCAAGUCCAAGUCAUACUGCACUUUCAAUCUCAGAGCCCUGUUCAACCUGGCACGCGUCUCAUCAUUCUCGGGCUUGAGCUUGUGGAACUACACCAGCAGCGAUGGCAGCAGCAUUCGGAAAGCCUUCGACUGGAUGGUGCCGUAUGCUGUCGACCACAAGGCCUGGCCGUUCAAGCAGAUAGCGGACUACUCGUGGGGUGAGAUGUUUGAGCUGUUCAGGCGUGCCUCCAUAGAGUACGAGAACCCCGAUUACGAGAAGAUGAUCUCAUCGUUGCCCGACAUUCACGAGGAUGAUGUCAUCAACUUGUUGUACCCACGGGUGUAUAAUGUAUCGGUUUACUUGCCACCGAAACCGGACCGCGGAAUGCCGCCGUCCUGGUUUGGUGAGCUACCAUAGAGAGAUGAUUUACUUGCUACAUGUUGAGUACCCGCAGCGCUAAAAGGCAAUUGGGUUACCCGUAUCCUACUAAUUACAUCAUGAUCUGGGCAUGAGCAAUAUUCCAUAGCAAUGACGUCAUACAUUGGUCAUGUGCCUGAUCCAUAGUCUAUGGACGUCCUAUCAUUACAUCAGGAUUUUCUGGUUAUGAUGUAAUGCUAUAGUGCAGACCUCUGUAUAGUGUUCUGAUCAAGUGCAUGAUCGCUAUCCUAUAGACUAGAGGGGUUAUGCCAUGACACCAA